CACUGGAUUGUUUACGAAAACGCAGCGUUUGGCUCUCAUCUCCAAAACCCACACAAGAACUCCAGUUCUCAGCAUCCCUCGACGAGGCAAAGAUAAAGUCCAAUAUUUUCUCCUGCUUUUUCCCGCACUAGAGAGUGAGCGAAAGUGAAGCAGAAAUAUAUUUUUUUUAUGAUAGAAAAGGAAAAUGAAUUGUUCUCUCUCCAAGCCAAUUACUUUCAUCGAAGCUCCAACAAUUUUUUGCAACUCAUCUAAAACUCUUCUCAUUAAAUUCCCCUAUUCUUUUUCUCGUAAUACAUCCUGUAAAAAUGCUUUCAAACCUAAAUUAAGCUUAAUUAAACGCAAAAAUAUCAAUAUUACUGCUUCCAAUGUUUCUACUUCCAGUUCGAGUUCCGGCUCAAUUGUCGCUUCCACCAAAGUCGAAGAUGAAGAUGCCGAGUCCACUCAGUUAUUCGAGAAAUUAAAGGAUGCAGAGAGACAAAGAAUAAAUAAACUGGAAGAGCUUGAAAGGAAGGCUGACUUGCAGUUAGAGAGACAGCUUGUCAUGGCUUCCUGUUGGAGCAGAGCCCUGUUGACCCUGCGUCGAAAGUUGAAGGGGACAGAGUGGGAUCCUGAGAAUUCACAUAGAAUUGACUUUAGUGACUUUAUGGGACUUCUUAACUCGAACAAUGUCCAAUUUAUGGAGUAUUCGAACUAUGGUCAGACAAUUUCAGUGAUUUUGCCAUACUACAAAGAUAGGAAAACGGAUGGGACAGUGGGAAAUUCAAAGAAUGAAAUAAUUUUUCGGCGCCAUGUGGUGGAUCGCAUGCCCAUUGAUUGUUGGAAUGAUGUUUGGCAAAAGCUUCACCAACAAAUUGUGAAUGUUGAUGUCCUGAAUGUCAACACUGUAUCUGCAGAAGUUUACUCCACUGUUGCAACUGCAGUUAUAUGGUCUAUGCGACUUGCCUUGUCGAUUGCACUAUAUCUCUGGAUUGAUAAUAUGAUGAGGCCCAUUUAUGCAAAGCUAAUACCUUGUGAUUUGGGAGCUCCUAGCAAAACAAUUAGGCAACCACUUGAGCAGCAUGCCCUGGGAUCAUUAGGCAAGAGUCGGGCCAAAUUUAUAUCAGCGGAGGAAAGAACUGGUGUUACUUUUGAUGAUUUCGCUGGUCAAGAAUAUAUAAAGAGGGAACUACAAGAGAUUGUACGAAUUUUAAAAAAUGAUGAAGAGUUCCAAAGUAGAGGUAUCUAUUGCCCAAAAGGUGUUUUGCUCCAUGGGCCUCCUGGGACUGGUAAAACGCUACUGGCCAAAGCUAUUGCUGGUGAAGCUGGACUACCAUUCUUUGCAGCAAAUGGAACUGAUUUUGUAGAGAUGUUUGUUGGCGUUGCAGCAUCACGUGUAAAGGACUUGUUUGAUAAUGCCAGAUCAUUCUCACCUUCCAUAAUUUUUAUUGAUGAGAUCGAUGCUAUUGGCAGCAAGCGUGGGGGACCUGAUAUUGGCGGUGGUGGUGCAGAAAGGGAACAGGGUCUGCUUCAGAUACUUACUGAGAUGGAUGGAUUUAAAGUUUCUACAUCACAGGUGUUAGUUAUAGGUGCAACAAAUAGACUGGAUAUCCUUGAUCCUGCUCUCCUGAGAAAGGGUCGGUUUGACAAGAUAAUAAGAGUUGGGUUGCCAUCUAAAGAUGGUAGAUUGGCCAUAUUGAAGGUCCAUGCUAGAAAUAAAUUUUUUCGCUCUGAGGAGGAGAAAGGGACUCUGCUGGAGGAAGUUGCAGUGCUUACGGAAGAUUUUACUGGGGCAGAGCUUCAAAAUAUACUGAACGAGGCUGGAAUUUUGACUGCCAGAAAAGAUCUUGAUUACAUUGGACGUGAAGAACUUCUAGAGGCUUUGAAGAGGCAAAAGGGCACAUUUGAAACAGGCCAAGAAGAUAGUAAAGAAAUUCCAGAGGAAUUGAAGUUGAGAUUGGCAUACCGAGAAGCAGCUGUUGCAGUUCUUGCUUGCUACUUUCCAGAUCCCUAUCGCCCAUUUACAGAGACAGAUAUAAAGUCUAUCCGUAGCCAACCAAAUAUGCGCUAUGCUGAAUUUAAGGGCAAGGUUUUCUUGAGAAAAUCAGAUUAUAUAAACUCGAUGGUGCGUGCAUGUGCUCCAAGAUUAAUUGAGGAGGAGAUGUUUGGGGUUGAAAACAUGUGUUGGAUCUCAGCAACAGCUACAUUAGAAGCUUCAAGGCUUGCAGAGUUUUUAAUUUUGCAGACAGGGAUGACAGCUUUUGGGAAAGCAUACUACAGAAAUGAAAGUGAUCUUGUGCCUAAUCUUGCUACGAAACUUGAAGCACUUCGUGAUGAAUACAUGCAUUUUGCUGUGGAAAAAUGUAUAUCUGUGCUGAGAGAGUUCCGAUCGGCUGUAGAGACAAUUACAGAUAUUUUACUUGAAAAGGAGGAGAUUAAAGCUGAGGAGAUCUGGGACAUAUACAAUAGAGCCCCUCGAAUAUCUCAGCCUGCUGUCAAGUCAGUUGAUGAAUAUGGAGCACUAAUUUAUGCUGGGCGAUGGGGAAUCCAUGGUAUCACACUUCCAGGACGGGUUACAUUUGCCCCUGGAAAUGCUGGGUUUUCAACUUUUGGUGCACCACGUCCCAUGGAGUCUCAAACAGUUAAUGAUGAAACAUGGAAGGUGAUAGAUAAUAUUUGGGAUAAGAGGGUUGAAGAGAUAAAAGCUGAAGCUUCAAUGGAGGUUGAAGACAAGGAGAUGCCACAACUUUUGAUGGCCAGUCAUUUCUUUUGAAAUCAUGUUAAUUGAAGUUUUUUCACAAAUCAAUACGACUUGUCAUGUUUGCAAGUGCUAGAUGCUACUGGGCAGAUUUUAUCGGAGGUCUGUUUGUUGACAGAUUGCAGUACAAGGCAUUGAGAACAGAGUUAUGUUAUUAGCUGUACAAUUUAAAGGGAUUUUGUGAGUAAUCCAAAGGGAGAAUUUAAGGGAGGCUAUUGAAAUUAAUCCAUGUGUUGUUCAUAUAUAGCAUUCCUUUAGUUACAAAAAUUAUGUAAGAACUAUAAGUUUACUGGUUUUACCAUUUAAAGCCUUUCCAAUGAAAAAUGGUUUUGAUUUGUUUGUCUUUAUAUUUUCUUGAGUCGAAACAAGGCCACUGUUAGUUAGACAUGUCUUAACAGGAUUGGAUUACCUAUCGGCUAUUUUGUCAGGCACUGCUGCAAGAAAUUUCGGGUAAUUGGAAAAUCUGAACUAAUUUAAUUUUCUGCAUUUGCAUUGUGGUAAUAUUCCAAUGAAAGCGUGAGGAAAAAAAUAAAAUAAACAAAUUUGAUUCUGGACUCAAAUCGAUUGUCGAUAGCAUGGCUAGACCUUGAAAGAAAGGAGGUAAGAUCUGUUUCUUUCCUGAAAGCUUCUUUGUGACGGAACUAUUCGUUCUUUUCUGCAUCAAUUUUGUCAAGGUCUCCUUCUUUUCUUUCUUUAUUUAUUUUUUCUGUGCAUUUUCUUUCCUUCCCACAUUCUCAAGACUCAAGGUAGAAUAAGACGUGUUACAAGGAUAUAGAUAUAAAAACGUGAUUCAUUGCUUUUAAUGGUAGAAGAAGAUAUGUUUGAUUUUUUUUUUCCGAAAAGCGAUAAAAUCUCCUUGGCUCUGUUACAGUUCAAGCAAGGAUUUCUUAAGCCUCCAUGGCGUACACGUGGAAAAGUAAACUCUGCUCAAGAAGACACAGGUGCAAAUAUUUUCACAUACAGCCGGC